AUGGCAAGCUUGUCCACCAGCAAGAAAAUCCCUUCUAGGAGUACGACAAUCACAUUUACCAGCACUCCACCAACUACCAGCACCGCAAGCCAAUCUACCAACACGGCAAGCUUAUCUAACGGCACCUCACCAUCUACCAGCACGCUAAGAGCAACUAUUAGCACGGCAAGCAUGGCUACCAACAAACUUGGCCCGACUACGAGGACAACAGGCCCAUCAGCCAACACGGUAAGCCAAUUCACAAGAACGAUAAGUGCAUCUACCAGCAUUUCACCAUCUAUCAGCAAGGCAAGCCUAUCUACCAUCACGGCAAGCCAAUCCACUAGGAAGACAAACCAAUCUACCAACAAGCCUCCAUACACCAGCACCGCAAGCCAAUCAACCAGCACUGCAAGCGUAACUACCAGCACAGCAAACCCAUCCAUCAGCACAGCAAGCUCACCUACCAGCGCGAGAAGCUCAUCGACCAGCACGGGAAGUCCAUCUACCACCACAGCAAGACCAUCUAUCAGCAGGGCAAGCCCACUUACAAAGAGGACAAGCCCAUCCACCAGCACGAAAACAACAUCCACCAGCAGGACAAACCUAUCUACCAGUAACGCAAGCCGAUCUAUUAGCACAGGAAACCCAUCGACGAACACGCGAAGCCCAUCUGCCAGCACGGGAACAACACCCACCAGGACCACAAGCCCAUCUACCAGCACAUCGAGAUCAUCUACCAACAGCGCAAACACAUCUCCCAACAGGGCAAGCCCAUCUUUCAGCACGUCGAAUCCAUCUACCAGCACGGCAAAUCCAUUUACCAGUACGACAAACCCAUCUUUUAGCACUGCAAACCCAUCCAAUGGCACUGAAAGCCCUUCUACCAGUACGACAAUCACAUUUACCAGCACUCCACCAACUACCAGCACCGCAAGCCCAUCUACCAACACGGCAAGCUUAUCUAACGGCACCCCAGCAUCUACCAGCACGCUAAGAGCAUCUAUUAGCACGGGAAGCAUGGCUACCAACAAACUUGGCCCGACUACGAGGACAACAGGCCCAUCAGCCAACACGGUAAGCCAAUUCACAAGAACGGUAAGUGCAUCUACCAGCAUUUCACCAUCUAUCAGCAAGGCAAGCCUAUCUACCAUCACGACAAGCCAAUCCACCAGGAAGACAAACCAAUCUACCAACAAGCCACUAUACACCAGCACCGCAAGCCAAUCAACCAGCACUGCAAAGGUAACUACCAGCACAGCGUACCCAUCAACCAGCACAGCAAUCUCACCUACCAGCGCAACAAGCUCAUCAACCAGCACGGGAAAUCCAUCUACCACCACAGCAAGCCCAUCUGUCAGCAGGGCAAACCCAACUACAAGGAGGAAAAGCCCAUCUGCCAGCACAAAAACAACAUCCACCAGCAGGACAACCCAAUCUACCAGUACCGCAAACCGAUCUAUCAGAACGGCAAACCCAUCCACAAACUCAAGAAGCCCAUCUGCUAGCACGGGAACAACACCCACCAGGACCGCAAGCCCAUGGAGAUCAUCUACCAACAGGGCAAGCGCAUCUCCCAACAGGGCAAGCCCAUCUUUCAGUACGUCAAAUCCAACUACCAGCACAGCUAAUCCAUCUACCAGCACGGCAAAUCCAUUUACCAGUACGACAAACCCAUCUUUUAGCACGGCAAGCUUGUCCACCAGCAAGAAAAUGCCUUCUACCAGUACGGCAAGCACAUUUACCAGCACUCCACCAACUACCAGCACCGCAAGCCCAUCUACCAACACGGCAAGCUUAUCUAACGGCACAUCACCAUCUACCAGCACAGUAAACGCAACCAUCAGCACGGCAAGCAUAGCUACCAACAAACUUGGUCCGACUGCAAGGACAACAGGCUCAUCAUCCAACACGGCAAGCCAAUUUACAAGAACGGCAAGUGCAUCUACCAGCACGUCACCAUCUAUCAGCAAGACAAGCCUAUCUACCAUCACGGCAAGCCAAUCCACCAGGAAGACAAACCAAUCUACCAACACGCCACCAUACACCAUCACCGCAAUCCCAUCCACCAGCACAGCAAGCUCACCUACCAGCGCGACAAGCCAAUCCACCAGAACGGCAAGCUCAUUUACAAGCACGGCAAAACAAUCUACCAUAAUGGCAAGCCCAUCCAUCAACACGUCGAAUCCAUCUACCAGCUCGGCAAACCCAACUACCAGCACGAUAAGAUCAUCUACCAGCUCGGCAAGCGCAUCAAUCAGCACAGCAAGCCCAUCUACCAAUAGGGCAAGAUUAUCUACAAGCACCUCACCAUCUACCAGCACGGUAAAACCAACCAUCAGUACGGCAAGCAUGGCUACCAACAAACUUGGCCUGACUGCAAGGACAACAGGCCCAUCAGCCAGCACAGCUAGGCAAUUUGCAAGAACGGCCAGUGCAUCUACCAGCACGUCACCAUCUAUCAGCAAGGCAAGCCUAUCUACCAUCACGGCAAGCCAAUCCACCAGGAAGACAAACCAAUCUACCAACAAGCCACUAAACACCAGCACCGCAAGCCAAUCAACCAGCACUGCCAGCGUAACUACCAGCACGGCAAACCCAUCCAUCAGCACAGCAAGCUCACCUACCAGCGCAGGAAGCUCAUUGACCAGCACGGGAAAUCAAUCUACCACCACAGGAAGCCCAUCUAUCAGCAGGGCAAGCCCACUUACAAAGAGGACAAGCCCAUCCACCAGCACGAAAACAACAUCCACCAGCAGGACAAACCUAUCUACCAGUAACGCAAGCCGAUCUAUUAGCACAGGAAACCCAUCGACGAACACGGGAAGCCCAUCUGCCAGCACGGGAACAACACCCACCAGGACCACAAGCCCAUCUACUAGCACCUCGAGACCAUCUAUCAACAUUGCAAACACAUCUCCCAACAGGGCAAGCCCAUCUUUCAGCACGUCGAGUCCAUCUACCAGCACGGCAAAUCCAUAUACCAGCACGACAAACCCAUCUUUUAGCACUGCAAACCCAUCCAAUAGCACUGAAAACCCUUCUACCAGUACGACAAUCACAUUUACCAGCACUCCACCAACUACCAGCACAGCAAGCCCAUAUACCAACACGGCAAGCUUUUCUAACGGCACCUCGCCAUCUAGCAGAACGCUAAGAGCAACUAUCAGGACGGGAAGCAUGGCUACCAACAAACUUGGCCCGACUACGAGGACAACAGGCCCAUCAACCAACACGGUAAGCCAAUUCACAAGAACGGCAAGUGCAUCUACCACAAUGUCACCAUCUAUCAGCAAGGCAAGCCUAUCUACCAUCACGGCAAGCCAAUCCACCAGGAAGACAAACCAAUCUACCAACAAGCCACCAUACACCAGCACCGCAAGCCAAUCAACCAGCACUGCAAGCGUAACUACCAGCACAGCUAAUUCAUUAACCAGCACAGCAAUCUCACCUACCAGCGCAACAAGCUCAACAACUAGAACGGGAAGUCCAUCUACCACCACAGCAAGCAAAUCUAUCGGCAGGGCAAACCCAACUACAAGGAGGACAAGCCCAUCCGCCAGCACGAAAACAACAUCCACCAGCAGGACAAACCAAUCUACCAGUACCGCAAACCGAUCUAUCAGAACGGCAAACCCAUCCACAAACACGGGAAGCCCAUCUGCCAGCACGGGAACAACACACACCAGGACCGCAAGCCCAUCUACCAGCACGUCAAGAUCAUCUACCAACAUUGCAAGCGCAUCUCCCAACAGGGCAAGUCCAUUUUUCAGCACGUCGAAUCCAUCUACCAGCACGGGAAAUCCAACUACAAGUACGACAAACCCGUCUAUUAGCACGACAAACACAUCCAAUAGCACGCAAAGCCCUUCUACCAGUACCCCAAGCACAUUUACCAGCACUCCACCAACUACCAGCACCGGAAGCCCAUCUACCAACACGGCAAGCUUAUCUACAAGCACAUCACCAUCUACCAGCACGGUAAGCGCAACUAUCAGCACGGCAAGCAUAGCUACUAAAAAACUUGGUCCGACUGCAAGGACAACAGGCCCAUCAGCCAACACGCCAAGCCAAUUUACAAGAACGCCAAGUGCAUCUACCAGCACGUCACCAUCUAUCAGCAAGACAAGCCUAUCUACCAUCACGGCAAGCCAAUCCACCAGGAAAACAAACCAAUCUACGAACAAGCCAUUAAACACCAGCACCGCAAGCCAAUUAACCAGCACUGCAAGCGUAACUACCAGCACAUCAAACCCAUCAACCAGCACAGCAAUCUCACCUACCAGCGCAACAAGCUCAUCAACCAGCACGGGAAGUCCAUCUACCACCACAGCAAGCCCAUCUAUCGACAGGGGAAACCCAAAUACAAGGAGGACAAGUCCAUCUGCCAGCACGAAAACAACAUCCACCAGCAGGACAAACCAAUCUACCAGUAACGCAAACCGAUCUAUCAGAACGGCAAACCCAUCCACAAACUCGGGAAGCCCAUCUGCCAGCACGGGAAAAACAUCCACCAGGACCGCAAGCCCAUCGAGAUCAUCUACCAACAGGGCAAGCGCUUCUCCCAACAGGGCAAGCCCAUCUUUCAGCACGUCGAUUCCAUCUACCAGCACGGUAGAUCCAUUUGCCAGUACAACAAACCCAUCUUUUAGCACAACAAGCUUGUCCACCAGCAAGAAAAUGCCUUCUACCAGUACGGCAAGCACAUUUACCAGCACUCCACCAACUACCAGCACCGCAAGCCCAUCUACCAACACGGCAAGCUUAUCUACAAGCACCUCACCAUCUACCAGCACCGUAAGCGCAACUAUCGGCACGACAAGCAUGGCUACUAAAAAACAUGGUCCGACUGCAAGGACAACAGGCUCAUCAUCCAACACGGCAAGCCAAUUUACAAGAACGGCAAGUGCAUCUACCAGCACGUCACCAUCUAUCAGCAAGACAAGCCUAUCUACCAUCACGGCAAGCCAAUCCACCAGGAAGACAAACCAAUCUACCAACACGCCAACAUACACCAUCACCGCAAUCCCAUCCACCAGCACAGCAAGCUCACCUACCAGCGCGACAAGCCAAUCCACCAGAACGGCAAGCUCAUUUACAAGCACGGCAAGACCAUCAACCAGCAUGGCAAGCCCAUCCAUCAACACGUCGAAUCCAUCUACCAGCUCGGCAAACCCAAUUUCCAGCACGAUAAGAUCAUCUACCAGCUCGACAAUCGCAUCAAUCAGAACAGGAAGCCCAUCUACCAACACGGCAAGCUUAUCUACAAGCACCUCAACAUCUACCAGCACGGUAAAAGCAACAAUCAGUAGGGCAAGCAUGGCUAACAACAAACUUGGCCUGACUGCAAGGACAACAGGCCCAUCAGGCAGCACAGCAAGGCAAUUUGCAGGAACGGCAAGUGCAUCUACCAGCAUUUCACCAUCUAUCAGCAAGGCAAGCCUAUCUACCAUCACGGCAAGCCAAUCCACCAGGAAGACAAACCAAUCUACCAACAAGCCAUUAAACACCAGCACCGCAAGCCAAUCAACCAGCACUGCAAGCGUAACUACCAGCACAGCGAACCCAUCAACCAGCACAGCAAUCUCACCUACCAGCGCAACAAGCUCAUCAACCAGCACGGGAAGUCCAUCUACCACCACAGCAAGACCAUCUAUCAGCAGGGCAAACCCAACUACAACGAGGACAAGCCCAUCCACCAGCACGAAAACAACAUCCACCAGCAGGACAAACCUAUCUACCAGUAACGCAAGCCGAUCUAUUAGCACAGGAAACCCAUCGACGAACACGGGAAGCCCAUCUGCCAGCACGGGAACAACACCCACCAGGACCACAAGCCCAUCUACCAGCACAUCGAGACCAUCUACCAACAUUGCAAACACAUCUCCCAACAGGGCAAGCCCAUCUUUCAGCACGUCGAAUCCAUCUACCAGCACGGCAAAUCCAUAUACCAGUACGACAAACCCAUCUUUUAGCACGGCAAACCCAUCCAAUAGCACUGAAAGCCCUUCUACCAGUACGACAAUCACAUUUACCAGCACUCCACCAACUACCAGCACCGCAAGCCCAUCUACCAACACGGCAAGCUUAUCUACAAACAUAUCACCAUCUACCAGCACGGUAAACGCAACCAUCAGCACGGUAAGCAUAGCUAGCAACAAACUUGGCCUGACUGCAAGGACAACAGGCCCAUCAGCUAGUACGGCUAGGCAAUUUUCAAUAACGGCAAGUGCAUCUACCAGCACGUCACCAUCUAUCAGCAAGACAAGCCUAUCUACCAUCACGACAAGCCAAUCCACCAGGAAGACAAACCAAUCUACGAACAAGCCAUUAAACACCAGCACCGUAAGUCAAUUAACCAGCACUGCAAGCGUAACUACCAGCACAUCGAACCCAUCAACCAGCACAGCAAUCUCACCUACCAGCGCAACAAGCUCAUCAACCAGCACGGGAAGUCCAUCUACCACCACAGCAAGCCCAUCUAUCGGCAGGGGAAACCCAAAUACAAGGAGGACAAGUCCAUCUGCCAGCACGAAAACAACAUCCACCAGCAGGACAAACCAAUCUACGAGUAACGCAAACCGAUCUAUCAGAACGGCAAACCCAUCCACAAACUCGGGAAGCCCAUCUGCCAGCACGGGAAAAACAUCCACCAGGACCGCAAGCCCAUCGAGAUCAUCUACCAACAGGGCAAGCGCUUCUCCCAACAGGGCAAGCCCAUCUUUCAGCACGUCGAUUCCAUCUACCAGCACGGUAAAUCCAUUUGCCAGUACAACAAACCCAUCUUUUAGCACAACAAGCUUGUCCACCAGCAAGAAAAUGCCUUCUACCAGUACGGUAAGCACAUUUACCAGCACUCCACCAACUACCAGCACCGCAAGCCCAUCUACCAACACGGCAAGCUUAUCUACAAGCACCUCACCAUCUACCAGCACGGUAAGCGCAACUAUCGGCACGACAAGCAUGGCUACUAAAAAACAUGGUCCGACUGCAAGGACAACAGGCUCAUCAUCCAACACGGCAAGCCAAUUUACAAGAACGGCAAGUGCAUCUACCAGCACGUCACCAUCUAUCAGCAAGACAAGCCUAUCUACCAUCACGGCAAGCCAAUCCACCAGGAAGACAAACCAAUCUACCAACACGCCAACAUACACCAUCACCGCAAUCCCAUUCACCACCACAGCAAGCUCACCUACCAGCGCGACAAGCCAAUCCACCAGAACGGCAAGCUCAUUUACAAGCACGGCAAGACCAUCUACCAGCAUGGCAAGCCCAUCCAUCAACACGUCGAAUCCAUCUACCAGCUCGGCAAACCCAACUUCCAGCACGAUAAAAUCAUCUACCAGCUCGACAAUCGCAUCAAUCAGAACAGGAAGCCCAUCUACCAACACGGCAAGCUUAUCUACAAGCACCUCACCAUCUACCACCACGCCAUUAAACACCAGCACCGCAAGCCAAUCAACCAGCACUGCAAGCGUAACUACCAGCACAGCGAACCCAUCAACCAGCACAGCAAUCUCACCUACCAGCGCAACAAGCUCAUCAACCAGCACGGGAAGUCCAUCUACCACCACAGCAAGACCAUCUAUCAGCAGGGCAAACCCAACUACAACGAGGACAAGCCCAUCCACUAGCACGAAAACAACAUCCACCAGCAGGACAAACCUAUCUACCAGUAACGCAAGCCGAUCUAUUAGCACAGGAAACCCAUCGACGAACACGGGAAGCCCAUCUGCCAGCACGGGAACAACACCCACUAGGACCACAAGCCCAUCUACCAGCACAUCGAGACCAUCUACCAACAUUGCAAACACAUCUCCCAACAGGGCAAGCCCAUCUUUCAGCACGUCGAAUCCAUCUACCAGCAAGGCAAAUCCAUAUACCAGUACGACAAACCCAUCUUUUAGCACGGCAAACCCAUCCAAUAGCACUGAAAGCCCUUCUACCAGUACGACAAUCACAUUUACCAGCACUCCACCAACUACCAGCACCGCAAGCCCAUCUACCAACACGGCAAGCUUAUCUAACGGCACCCCAGCAUCUACCAGCACGCUAAAAGCAUCUAUUAGCACGACCAGCAUGGCUAGCAACAAACUAGGCCCGACUACGAGGACAACAGGCCCAUCAGCCAACACGGUAAGCCAAUUCACAACAACGGCAAGUGCAUCUACCAGCAUUUCGCCAUUUAUCAGCAAGGCAAGCCUAUCUACCAUCACGACAAGCCAAUCCACCAGGAAGACAAACCAAUCUACCAACAAGCUAUUAAACACCAGCACCGCAAGGAUAUUAACCAGCACUACAAGCGUAACUACCAGCACGGCGAACCCAUCAACCAGCACAGCAAUCUCACCUACCAGCGCAACAAGCUCAUCAACCAGCACGGGAAGUCCAUCUACCAGCACAGCAAGCCCAUCUAUCAGCAGGGCAAACCCAAAUACAAGGAGGACAAGUCCAUCUGCCAGCACGAAAACAACAUCCACCAGCAGGACAAACCAAUUUACCAGUAUCGCAAACCGAUCUAUUAGAACGGCAAACCCAUUCACAAACUCGGGAAGCCCAUCUGCCAGCACGGGAACAACACCCACCAGGACCGCAAGCCCAUGGAGAUCAUCUACCAACAGGGCAAGCGCAUCUCCCAACAGGGCAAGCCCAUCUUUCAGCACGUCAUUUCCAUCUACCAGCAGGGCAAAUCCAUUUACCAGUACAACAAACCCAUCUUUUAGCACAACAAGCUUGUCCACCAGCAAGAAAAUCCCUUCUACCAGUGCGGCAAGCCCAUUUACCAGCACUCCACCAACUACCAGCACCGCAAGCCCAUCUACCAACACGGCAAGCUUAUCUACCAGCACCUCACCAUCUACCAGCACAGUAAACGCAAAUAUCAGCACGACAAGCAUGGCUUCUAAAAAACUUGGUCCGACUGCAAGGACAACAGGCUCAUCAUCCAACACGGCAAGCCAAUUUACAAGAACGGCAAGUGCAUCUACCAGCACCCAAUCAACCAGCACUGCAAGCGUAACUACCAGCACAGCGAACCCAUCAACCAGCACAGCAAUCUCACCUACCAGCGCAACAAGCUCAUCAACCAGCACGGGAAGUCCAUCUACCACCACAGCAAGACCAUCUAUCAGCAGGGCAAACCCAACUACAACGAGGACAAGCCCAUCCACCAGCACGAAAACAACAUCCACCAGCAGGACAAACCUAUCUACCAGUAACGCAAGCCGAUCUAUUAGCACAGGAAACCCAUCGACGAACAAGGGAAGCCCAUCUGCCAGCACGGGAACAACACCCACCAGGACCACAAGCCCAUCUACCAGCACAUCGAGACCAUCUAUCAACAUUGCAAACACAUCUCCCAACAGGGCAAGCCCAUCUUUCAGCACGUCGAAUCCAUCUACCAGCAAGGCAAAUCCAUAUACCAGUACGACAAACCCAUCUUUUAGCACGGCAAACCCAUCCAAUAGCACUGAAAGCCCUUCUACCAGUACGACAAUCACAUUUACCAGCACUUCACCAACUACCAGCACCGCAAACCCAUCUACCAACACGGCAAGCUUAUCUAACGGCACCCCAGCAUCUACCAGCACGCUAAAAGUAUCUAUUAGCACCACCAGCAUGGCUAGCAACAAACUUGGCCCGACUACGAGGACAACAGGCCCAUCAGCCAACACGGUAAGCCAAUUCACAACAACGGCAAGUGCAUCUACCAGCAUUUCGCCAUUUAUCAGCAAGGCAAGCCUAUCUACCAUCACGACAAGCCAAUCCACCAGGAAGACAAACCAAUCUACCAACAAGCUAUUAAACACCAGCACCGCAAGGAUAUUAACCAGCACUACAAGCGUAACUACCAGCACGGCGAACCCAUCAACCAGCACAGCAAUCUCACCUACCAGCGCAACAAGCUCAUCAACCAGCACGGGAAGUCCAUCUACCACCACAGCAAGCCCAUCUAUGAGCAGGGCAAACCCAAAUACAAGGAGGACAAGUCCAUCUGCCAGCACGAAAACAACAUCCACCAGCAGGACAAACCAAUUUACCAGUACCGCAAACCGAUCUAUUAGAACGGCAAACCCAUUCACAAACUCGGGAAGCCCAUCUGCCAGCACGGGAACAACACCCACCAGGACCGCAAGCCCAUGGAGAUCAUCUACCAACAGGGCAAGCGCAUCUCCCAACAGGGCAAGCCCAUCUUUCAGUACGUCAAUUCCAUCUACCAGCAGGGCAAAUCCAUUUACCAGUACAACAAACCCAUCUUUUAGCACGACAAGCUUGUCCACCAGCAAGAAAAUCCCUUCUACCAGUGCGGCAAGCCCAUUUACCAGCACUCCACCAACUACCAGCACCGCAAGCCCAUCUACCAACACGGCAAGCUUAUCUACAAGCACCUCACCAUCUACCAGCACAGUAAACGCAAAUAUCAGCACGACAAGCAUGGCUACUAAAAAACUUGGUCCGACUGCAAGGACAACAGGCUCAUCAUCCAACACGGCAAGCCAAUUUACAAGAACGGCAAGUGCAUCUACCAGCACGUCACCAUCUAUCAGCAAGACAAGCCUAUCUACCAUCACGGCAAGCCAAUCCACCAGGAAGACAAACCAAUCUACCAACACGCCAACAUACACCAUCACCGCAAUCCCAUCCACCACCACAGCAAGCUCACCUACCAGCGCGACAAGCCAAUCCACCAGAACGGCAAGCUCAUUUACAAGCACGGCAAGACCAUCUACCAGCAUGGCAAGCCCAUCCAUCAACACAACAGGAAGCCCAUCUACCAACACGGCAAGCUUAUCUACAAGCACCUCACCAUCUACCAGCACGGUAAAACCAACCAUCAGUACGGCAAGCAUGGCUAGCAACAAACUUGGCCUGACUGCAAGGACAACAGGCCCAUCAGGCAGCACAGCAAGGCAAUUUGCAAGAACGGCCAGUGCAUCUACCAGCAUUUCACCAUCUAUCAGCAAGGCAAGCCUAUCUACCAUCACGGCAAGCCAAUCCACCAGGAAGACAAACCAAUCUACCAACAAGCCAUUAAACACCAGCACCGCAAGCCAAUCAACCAGCACUGCAAGCGUAACUACCAGCACAGCGAACCCAUCAAUCAGCACAGCAAGCCCACCUACAAGCGCGAGAAGCUCAUCGACCAGCCCGGGAAGUCCAUCUACCACCACAGGAAGCCGAUCUAUCAGCAGGGCAAGCCCACUUACAAAGAGGAGAAGCCCUUCCACCAGCACGAAAACAACAUCCACCAGCAGGACAAACCUAUCUACCAGUAACGCAAGCCGAUCUAUUAGCACAGGAAACCCAUCGACGAACACGGGAAGAACAUCUGCCAGCACGGGAACAACACCCACCAGGACCACAAGCCCAUCUACCAGCACAUCGAGACCAUCUACCAACAUUGCAAACACAUCUCCCAACAGGGCAAGCCCAUCUUUCAGCACGUCGAAUCCAACUACCAGCAAGGCAAAUCCAUAUACCAGUACGACAAACCCAUCUUUUAGCACGGCAAACCCAUCCAAUAGCACUGAAAGCCCUUCUACCAGUACGACAAUCACAUUUACCAGCACUCCACCAACUACCAGCACCGCAAGCCCAUCUACCAACACGGCAAGCUUAUCUAACGGCACCCCAGCAUCUACCAGCACGCUAAGUGCAUCUAUUAGCACGACCAGCAUGGCUAGCAACAAACUUGGCCCGACUACGAGGACAACACGCCCAUCAGCCAACACGGUAAGCCAAUUCACAAGAACGACAAGUGCAUCUACCAGCAUUUCACCAUCUAUCAGCAAGGCAAGCCUAUCUACCAUCACGACAAGCCAAUCCACCAGGAAGACAAACCAAUCUACCAACAAGCCAUUAAACACCAGCACCGCAAGGCAAUCAACCAGCACUGCAAGCGUAAUUACCAGCACGGCGAACCCAUCAACCAGCACAGCAAUCUCACCUACCAGCGCAACAAGCUCAUCAACCAGCACGGGAAGUCCAUCUACCACCACAGCAAGCCCAUCUAUCAGCAGGGCAAACCCAAAUACAAGGAGGACAAGUCCAUCUGCCAGCACGAAAACAACAUCCACCAGCAGGACAAACCAAUCUACCAGUACCGCAAACCGAUCUAUCAGAACAGCAAAGCCAUCCACAAACUCGGGAAGCCCAUCUGCCAGCACGGGAACAACACCCACCAGGACCGCAAGCCCAUGGAGAUCAUCUACCAACAGGGCAAGCGCAUCUCCCAACAGGGCAAGCCCAUCUUUCAGCACGUCAAUUCCAUCUACCAGCAGGGCAAAUCCAUUUACCAGUACAACAAACCCAUCUUUUAGCACGACAAGCUUGUCCACCAGCAAGAAAAUCCCUUCUAUCAGCACGGCAAGCCCAUUUACCAGCACUCCACCAACUACCAGCACCGCAAGCCCAUCUACUAACACGGCAAGCUUAUCUACAAGCACCUCACCAUCUACCAGCACGGUAAACGCAACUAUCAGCACGUCAAGCAUAGCUACUAAAAAACUUGGUCCAACUACAAGGACAACAGGCUCAUCAUCCAACACGGCAAGCCAAUUUACAAGAACGGCAAGUGCAUCUACCAGCACGUCACCAUCUAUCAGCAAGACAAGCCUAUCUACCAUCACGACAAGCCAAUCCACCAGGAAGACAAACAAAUCUACCAACACGCCAACAUACACCAUCACCGCAAUCCCAUCCACCAGUACAGCAAGCUCACUUGAUAGCCAAUCCACCAGGAAGACAAACAACUCUACCAACACGCCAACAUACACCAUCACCGCAAUCCCAUCCACCAGUACAGCAAGCUCACCUACAAGCGCGACAAGCCAAUCCACAAGAACAGCAAGCUCAUUUACAAGCACGGCAAGACCAUCUACCAGCAUGGCAAGCCCAUCCAUCAACACGUCGAAUCCAUCUACCAGCUCGGCAAACCCAACUACCAGCACGAUAAGAUCAACUACCAGCUCGGCAAGCGCAUCAAUCAGCACAGCAAGCCCAUCUACAAACACGGCAAACUUAUCUACAAGUACCUCACCAUCUACCAGCACGGUAAAAGCAACCUUCAGUACGGCAAGCAUGGCUACCAACAAACUUGGCCUGACUGCGAGGACAACAGGCCCAUCAGGCAGCACAGCAAGGCAAUUUGCAAGAACGGCAAGUGCAUCUACCAGCAUUUCACCAUCUAUCAGCAAGGCAAGCCUAUCUACCAUCACGGCAAGCCAAUCCACCAGGAAGACAAACCAAUCUACCAACAAGCCAUUAAACACCAGCACCGCAAGCCAAUCAACCAGCACUGCAAGCGUAACUACCAGCACAGCGAACCCAUCAACCAGCACAGCAAUCUCACCUACCAGCGCAACAACCUCAUCAACCAGCACGGGAAGUCCAUCUACCACCACAGCAACACCAUCUGUCAGCAGGGCAAACCCAACUACAAGGAGGACAAGCCCAUUUGCCAGCACGAAAACAACAUCCACCAGCAGGGCAAACCAAUCUACCAGUACCGCAAACCGAUCUAUCAGAACGGCAAACCCAUCCACAAACUCGGGAAGGCCAUCUGCCAGCACGGGAACAACACCCACGAGGACCGCAAGCCCAUGGAGAUCACCUACCAACAGGGCAAGCGCAUCUCCCAACAGGGUAAGUCCAUCUUUCAGUACGUCGAAUCCAUCUACCAGCAUAGCGAAUCCAUCUACCAGCACGGCAAAUCCAUUUACCAGUACGACAAACCCAUCUUUUAGGACGGCAAUCUUGUCCACCAGCAAGAAAAUGCCUUCUACCAGUACGGCAAGCACAUUUACCAGCACUCCACCAACUACCAGCACCGCAAGCCCAUCUACCAACACGGCAAGCUUAUCUAACGGCACCUCACCAUCUACCAGCACGGUAAGCGCAACUAUCAGCACGUCAAGCAUGGCUACUAAAAAACUUGGUCCGACUGCAAGGACAACAGGCUCAUCAUCCAACACGGCAAGCCAAUUCACAAGAACGGUAAGUGCAUCUACCAGCACGUCACCAUCUAUCAGCAAGACAAGUCUAUCUACCAUCACGACAAGCCAAUCCACUAGGAAGACAAACAAAUCUACCAACACGCCAACAUACACCAUCACCGCAACCCCAUCCACCAGUACAGCAAGGUCACCUACAAGCGCGACAAGUCAAUCCACCAGAACAGCAAGCUCAUUUACAAGCACGGCAAGACCAUCUACCAGCAUGGCAAGCCCAUCCAUCAACACGUCGAAUCCAUCUACCAGCUCGGCAAACCCAACUACCAGCACAAUAAGAUCAUCUACCAGCUCGGCAAGCGCAUCAAUCAGCACAGCAAGCCCAUCUACCAACACGGCAAGCUUAUCUACAAGCACCUCACCAUCUACCAGGACGGUAAAAGCAACAAUCAGUACGGCAAGGUUGUCCACCAGCAAGAAAAUGCCUUCUACCAGUACGGCAGGCACAUUUACCAGCACUCCACCAACUACCAGCACCGGAAGCCCAUCUACCAACACGGCAAGCUUAUCUAACGGCACCUCACCAUCUACCAGCACGGUAAGCGCAACUAUCAGCACGUCAAGCAUGGCUACUAAAAAACUUGGUCCGACUGCAAGGACAACAGGCUCAUCAUCCAACACGGCAAGCCAAUUUACAAGAACGGCAAGUGCAUCUACCAGCACGUCACCAUCUAUCAGCAAGACAAGUCUAUCUACCAUCACGACAAGCCAAUCCACUAGGAAGACAAACAAAUCUACCAACACGCCAACAUACACCAUCACCGCAAUCCCAUCCACCAGUACAGCAAGGUCACCUACAAGCGCGACAAGCCAAUCCACCAGAACAGCAAGCUCAUUUACAAGCACGGCAAGACCAUCUACCAGCAUGGCAAGCCCAUCCAUCAACACGUCGAAUCCAUCUACCAGCUCGGCAAACCCAACUACCAGCACAAUAAGAUCAUCUACCAGCUCGGCAAGCGCAUCAAUCAGCACAGCAAGCCCAUCUACCAACACGGCAAGCUUAUCUACAAGCACCUCACCAUCUACCAGGACGGUAAAAGCAACAAUCAGUACGGCAAGCUUGGCUACCAACAAACUUGGCCUGACUGCAAGGACAACAGGCCCAUCAGGCAGCACAGCAAGGCAAUUUGCAAGAACGGCAAGCGCAUCUACCAGCAUUUCACCAUCUAUCAGCAAGGCAAGCCUAUCUACCAUCACGGCAAGCCAAUCCACCAGGAAGACAAACCAAUCUACCAACAAGCCAUUAAACACCAGCACCGCAAGCCAAUCAACCAGCACUGCAAGCGUAACUACCAGCACAGCGAACCCAUCAACCAGCACAGCAAUCUCACCUACCAGCGCAACAAGCUCAUCAACCAGCACGGGAAGUCCAUCUUUCACCACAGCAAGACCAUCUAUCAGCAAGGCAAACCCAACUACAAAGAGGACAAGCCCAUCUGCCAGCACGAAAACAACAUCCACCAGCAGGACAAACCAAUCUACCAGUAACGCAAACCGAUCUAUCAGAACGGCAAACCCAUCCACAAACUCGGGAAGCCCAUCUGCCAGCACGGGAACAACACCCACCAGGACCGCAAGCCCAUGGAGAUCACCUACCAACAGGGCAAGCGCAUCUCCCAACAGGGCAAGUCCAUCUUUCAGUACGUCGAAUCCAUCUACCAGCACAGCGAAUCCACCUACCAGCACGGCAAAUCCAUUUACCAGUACGACAAACCCAUCUUUUAGGACAGCAAGCUUGUCCACCAGCAAGAAAAUGCCUUCUACCAGUACGGCAAGCACAUUUACCAGCACUCCACCAACUACCAGCACCGGAAGCCCAUCUACCAACACGGCAAGCUUAUCUACAAGCACAUCACCAUCUACCAGCACGGUAAACGCAACCAUCAGCACGGCAAGCAUAGCUAGCAACAAACUUGGCCCGACUGCUAGAACAACAGGCCCAUCAGCUAGUACGGCUAGGCAAUUUUCAAGAACGUCAAGUGCAUCUACCAGCACGUCACCAUCUAUCAGCAAGGCAAGCCUAUCUACCAUCACGGCAAGCCAAUCCACCAGGAAGACAAACCAAUCUACCAACAAGCCACUAAACACCAGCACUGCAAGCCAAUCAACCAGCACUGCCAGCGUAACUACCAGCACGGCAAACCCAACCAUCAGCACAGCAAGCGUAACUACCAGCACAGCGAACCCAUCAACCAGCAGAGUAAUCUCACCUACCAGCCCAACAAGCUCAUCAACCAGCACGGGAAGUCCAUCUACCACCACAGGAAGCCGAUCUAUCAGCAGGGCAAGCCCACUUACAAAGAGGACAAGCCCAUCCACCAGCACGAAAACAACAUCCACCAGCAGGACAAACCUAUCUACCAGUAACGCAAGCCGAUCUAUUAGCACAGGAAUCCCAUCGACGAACACGGGAAGCUCAUCUGCCAGCACGGGAACAACACCCACCAGGACCACAAGCCCAUCUACCAGCACAUCGAGACCAUCUACCAACAUUGCAAACACAUCUCCCAACAGGGCAAGCCCAUCUUUCAGCACGUCGAAUCCAUCUACUAGCACGGCAAAUCCAUAUACCAGUACGACAAACCCAUCUUUUAGCACGGCAAACCCAUCCAAUAGCACUGAAAGCCCUUCUACCAGUACGACAAUCACAUUUACCAGCACUCCACCAACUACCAGCACCGCAAGCCCAUCUACCAACACGGCAAGCUUAUCUAACGGCACCCCAGCAUCUACCAGCACGCUAAGAGCAUCUAUUAGCACGGCCAGCAUGGCUACCAACAAACUUGGCCCGACUACGAGGACAACAGGCCCAUCAGCCAACACGGUAAGCCAAUUCACAAGAACGACAAGUGGAUCUACCAGCAUUUCACCAUCUAUCAGCAAGGCAAGCCUAUCUACCAUCACGGCAAGCCAAUCCACCAGGAAGACAAACCAAUCUACCAACAAGCCUUUAAACACCAGCACCGCAAGCCAAUCAACCAGCACUACAAGCGUAACUACCAGCACGGCGAACCCAUCAACCAGCACAGCAAUCUCACCUACCAGCGCAACAAGCUCAUCAACCAGCACGGGAAGUCCAACUACCACCACAGCAAGACCAUCUACUUCUACCAGUACGGCAAGCCCAUUUACCAGCACUCCAUCAACUACCAGCACCGCAAGCCCAUCUACCAACACGGCAAGCUUAUCUACAAGCACCUCACCAUCUACCAGCACGGUAAGCGCAACAAUCAGUACGUCAAGCAUGGCUACUAAAAAACUUGGUCCGAUUGCAAAGACAACAGGCUCAUCAUCCAACACGGCAAGCCAAUUUACAAGAACGGCAAGUGCAUCUAGCAGCACGUCACCAUCUAUCAGCAAGGCAAGCCUAUCUACCAUCACGGCAAGCCAAUCCACCAGGAAGACAAACCAAUCUACCAACACGCCAACAUACACCAUCACCGCAAUCCCAUCCACCAGCACAGCAAGCUCACCUACAAGCGCGACAAGCCAAUCCACCAGAACAGCAAGCUCAUUUACAAGCACGGCAAGACCAUCUACCGGCAUGGCAAGCCCAUCCAUCAACACGUCGAAUCCAUCUACCAGCUCGGCAAACCCAACUACCAGCACGAUAAGAUCAUCUACCAGCUCGGCAAGCGCAUCAAUCAGCACAGCAAGCCCAUCUACCAACACGGCAAGCUUAUCUACAAGCACCUCACCAUCUACCAGCACGGUAAAAGCAACCUUCAGUACAGCAAGCAUGGCUACCAACAAACUUGGCCUGACUGCAAGGACAACAGGCCCAUCAGGCAGCACACCAAGGCAAUUUGCAAGAACGGCAAGUGCAUCUACCAGCAUUUCACUAUCUAUUAGCAAGGCAAGCCUAUCUACCGUCACGACAAGCCAAUCCACCAGGAAGACAAACCAAUCUAUCAACAAGCCAUUUAACACCAGCACCGCAAGCCAAUCAACCAGCACUGCAAGCGUAACUACCAGCACAGCGAACCCAUCAACCAGCACAGCAAUCUCACCUACCAGCGCAACAAGCUCAUCAACCAGCACGGGAAGUCCAUCUACCACCACAGCAAGACCAUCUAUCAGCAGGGCAAGCCCAACUAUAAGGAGGACAAGCCCAUCUGCCAGCACGAAAAAAACAUCCACCAGCAGGACAAACCAAUCUACCAGUACCGCAAACCGAUCUAUCAGAACGGCAAACCCAUCCACAAACUCGGGAAGCCCAUCUGCCAGCACGGGAACAACACCCACCAGGACCGCAAGCCCAUGGAGAUCAUCUACCAACAGGGCAAGCGCAUCUCCCAACAGGGCAAGUCCAUCUUUCGGUACGUCGAUUCCAUCUACCAGCACAGCGAAUCCAUCUACCAGCACGGCAAAUCCAUUUACCAGUACGACAAACCCAUCAUUUAGCACGGCAAGCUUGUCCACCAGCAAGAAAAUGCCUUCUACCAGUACGGCAAGCACAUUUACCAGCACUCCACCAACAACUAGCACCGGAAGCCCAUCUACCAACACGGCAAGCUUAUCUACAAGCACCUCACCAUCUACCAGCACGGUAAACGCAACCAUCAGCACGGCAAGCAUAGCUAUCAACAAACUUGGCCCGACUGCAAGGACAACAGGGCCAUCAGCUAGUACGGCUAUUCAAUUUUCAAGAACCGCAACUGCAUCUACCAGCACGUCACCAUCUAUCAGCAAGGCAAGCCUAUCUACCAUCAAGGCAAGACAAUCCACCAGGAAGACAAACCAAUCUACCAACAAGCCUCCAUACACCAGCACUGCAAGCCAAUCAACCAGCACAGCCAGCGUAACUACCAGCACGGCAAAGCCAACCAUCAGCACAGCAAGCUCACCUACAAGCGCGAGAAGCUCAUCGACCAGGACGGGAAGUCCAUCUACCACCACAGGAAGCCCAUCUAUCAGCAGGGCAAGCCCACUUACAAAGAGGACAAGCCCAUCCACCAGCACGAAAGCAACAUCCACCAGCAGGACAAACCUAUCUACCAGUAACGCAAGCCGAUCUAUUAGCACAGGAAACCCAUCGACCACCACGCGAAACCCAUCUGCCAGCACGGCAACAACACCCACCAGGACCACAAUCCCAUCUACCAGCACAUCGAGACCAGCUACCACCAUUGCAAACACAUCUCCCAACAGGGCAAGCCCAUCUUUCAGCACGUCAAUUCCAUCUACCAUCAGGUCAAAUCCAUUUACCAGUACAACAAACCCAUCUUUUAGCACGACAAGCUUGUCCACCAGGAAGAAAAUCCCUUCUACCAGUACGGCAAGCCCAUUUACCAGCACUCCACCAACUACCAGCACCGCAAGCCCAUCUACCAACACGGCAAGCUUAUCUACCAGCACCUCACCAUCUACCAGCACGGUAAGCGCAACUAUCAGCACGACAAGCAUGGCUACUAAAAAACUUGGUCCGACUGCAAGGAGAACAGGCUCAUCAUCCAAAACGGCAAGCCAAUUUACAAGAACGGCAAGUGCAUCUAGCGGCACGUCACCAUCUAUCAGCAAGACAAGCCUAUCUACCAUCACGACAAGCCAAUCCACCAGGAAGACAAACCAAUCUACCAACACGCCAACAUACACCAUCACCGCAAUCCCAUCCACCAGCACAGCAAGCUCACCUACCAGCGCGACAAGCCAAUCCACCCGAACAGCAAGCUCAUUUACAAGCACGGCAAGACCAUCUACCAGCAUGGCAAGCCCAUCCAUCAACACGUCGAAUCCAUCUACCAGCUCGGCAAACCCAACUACCAGCACGAUAAGAUCAUCUACCAGCUCGGCAAGCGCAUCAAUCAGCACAGCAAGCCCAUCUACCAACACGGCAAGCUUAUCUACAAGCACCUCACCAUCUACCAGCACGGUAAAAGCAACCUUCAGUACAGCAAGCAUGGCUACCAACAAACUUGGCCUGACUGCAAGGACAACAGGCCCAUCAGGCAGCACAGCAAGGCAAUUUGCAAGAUCGGCAAGUGCAUCUACCAGCACGUCACCAUCUAUCAGCAAGGCAAGCCUAUCUACCAUCACGGCAAGCCAAUCCACCAGGAAGACAAACCAAUCUACCAACAAGCCAUUAAACACCAGCACCGCAAGCCAAUCAACCAGCACUACAAGCGUAACUACCAGCACAGCGAACCCAUCAACCAGCACAGCAAUCUCACCUACCAGCGCAACAAGCUCAUCAACCAGCACGGGAAGUCCAUCUACCACCACAGCAAGACCAUCUAUCAGCAGGGCAAAACCAACUAAAUGGAGGACAAGCCCAUCUGCCAGCACGAAAACAACAUCCACCAGCAGGACAAACCAAUCUACCAGUACCGCAAACCGAUCUAUCAGAACGGCAAACCCAUCCACAAACUCGGGAAGCCCAUCUGCCAGCACGGGAACAACACCCACCAGGACCGCAAGCCCAUGGAGAUCAUCUACCAACAGGGCAAGCGCAUCUCCCAACUGGGCAAGCACAUCUUUCAGUACGUCGAAUCCAUCUACCAGCACAGCCAAUCCAUCUACCAGCACGGCAAAUCCAUUUACCAGUACGACAAACCCAUCUUUUAGCACGGCAAGCUUGUCCACCAGCAAGAAAAUGCCCUCUACCAGUACGGGAAGCACAUUUACCAGCACUCCACCAACUACCAGCACCGGAAGCCCAUCUACGAACACGGCAAGCUUAUCUACAAGCACCUCACCAUCUACCACCACGGUAAACGCAAACAUCAACACGGCAAGCACAGCUACCAACAAACUUGGCCCGACUGCAAGGACAACAGGCCCAUCAGCUAGUACGGCGAGGCAAUUUUCAAGAACGGCAAGUGCAUCUACCAGCACGUCACCAUCUAUAAGCAAGGCAAGGCUAUCUACCAUCACGGCAAGCCAGUCCACCAGGAAGACAAACCAAUCUACCAACAAGCCUUUAAACACUAGCACCGCAAGCCAAUCAACCAGCACUGCAAGCGUAACUACCAGCACGGCAAACCCAUCCAUCAGCACAGCAAGCUCACCUAAAAGCGCGAGAAGCUCAUCGACCAGGACGGGAAGUCCAUCUACCACCACAGGAAGCCCAUCUAUCAGCAGGGCAAGCCCACUUACAAAGAGGACAAGCCCAUCCACCAGCACGAAAACAACAUCCACCAGCAGGACAAACCUAUCUACCAGUAACGCAAGCCGAUCUAUCAGCACAGGAAACCCAUCGACGAACACGGGAAGCCCAUCUGCCAGCACGGGAACAACACCCACCAGGACCACAAGCCCAUCUACCACCACAUCGAGAUCUUCUACCAACAGGGCAAACACAUCUCCCAACAGGGCAAGCCCAUCUUUCAGCACGUCGAAUCCAUCUACCAGCACGGCAAAUCCAUAUACCAGUACGACAAACCCAUCUUUUAGCACCGCAAACCAAUCCAAUAGCACUGAAAGCCCUUCUACCAGUACGACAAAUACAUUUACCAGCACUCCACCAACUACCAGCACCGCAAGCCCAUCUACCAACACGGCAAGCUUAUCUAACGGCACCCCUGCAUCUACCAGCACGCUAAGAGAAUCUAUUAGCACGGCCAGCAUGGCUACCAACAAACUUGACCCGACUACGAGGACAACAGGCCCAUCAGCCAACACGCACUGCAAGCCAAUCAACCAUCACUGCAAGCGUAACUACCAGCACAGCGAACCCAUCAACCAGCACAGCACUCUCACCUACCAGCGGAACAAGCUCAUCAACCAGCACGGGAAGUCCAUCUACCACCACAGCAAGCCCAUCUAUCAGCAGGGCAAACCCAAAUACAAGGAGGACAAGUCCAUCUGCCAGCACGAAAACAACAUCCACCAGCAGGACAAACCAAUCUACCAGUACCGCAAACCCAUCUAUCAGAACGGUAAACCCAUCCACAAACACGGGAAGCCCAUCUGCCAGCACGGGAACAUCACCCACCAGGACCGCAAACCCAUCUGCCAGCACUUCGAGAUCAUCUACCAACAGGGCAAGCGCAUCUCCCAACAGGGCAAGCCCAUCUUUUAG